GCCGGAAGCAGCGUUGCGUGCUUGUGUUUGGUGUCGCUGCAAGUUGUCCAGCCUGCUACUACAUCUUCGUUUCUUAAGACUUUUGCCAGAGUUUUAUUUGCCAGUGAGCGCUUCGGGAUCUGUGGGAUACUCAGUCACUUUUUCAGCCUUCAUUAUCAUCAUUGUCAUCAUGCCAGCCGCACUUGCAGAUACCAGUCAGAUUAUCUGCGAGGUCUGGGCCAGCAAUGUCGAGGACGAGAUGAGGAAGAUACGACAGAUCAUUCAAAGCUACAACUUUAUCGCCAUGGACACUGAGUUUCCCGGAGUGGUCGUCCGUCCCAUCGGAGAGUUUCGCAGUACGGUUGACUACCAAUAUCAGCUCCUGCGCUGCAAUGUGGACCUUUUAAAAAUAAUCCAGCUGGGCUUGACGUUUAUGAAUGAGGAAGGAGACUACCCACCGGGUACCACAACAUGGCAGUUUAACUUCAAAUUUAAUCUGACAGAGGACAUGUACUCUCAGGAUUCAAUAGAUCUUCUUCAGAACUCGGGGCUGCAGUUUAAGAAGCAUGAGGAGGAAGGAAUCGAUACGUUAUACUUUGCAGAGCUUCUUAUGACAUCAGGCCUUGUGCUUUGUGAAAAUGUCAAGUGGCUGUCAUUUCAUAGUGGAUAUGAUUUUGGAUACCUGGUGAAGCUCCUCACAGACUCCCGGCUGCCAGAGGAGGAACAUGAGUUCUUUCAGAUCUUAUAUCUCUUCUUCCCAGCCAUCUAUGAUGUCAAGUAUCUUAUGAAGAGCUGCAAAAACCUAAAGGGAGGACUCCAGGAAGUGGCGGACCAGCUGGAACUAAAAAGGAUCGGCAGGCAGCAUCAGGCUGGAUCAGACUCGUUGCUCACUGGAAUGGCUUUCUUCCGCAUGAAAGAGUUGUUUUUUGAGGACAACAUUGACGAUGCAAAGUAUUGCGGGCGUCUCUAUGGUCUGGGAUCAGGUUCCUCACAAAACCAGAACGGCAUCUCCAGCUCCCCGCAGGAGGAAGCCAACAACAAGCACUGACCAAACGAUCGAGCGACAACGGCCAAGUGGAUGCACUUGUUUUAAUCUCCCCCAGCAGAUAUUACUUCCCGUUCCUAAAAAGAUGAUUUCAAACGAUUUAUGCCUUCUAAAGGGACAUUGGAAAAUGGCAACAAUCUGUAUCGCACAUUCUGUUCUGCUUGGUAGGUCAUCACACUGCAACGUUCCAGGACACCAGACAACGUUCCUCUCAUCUGCUGCUUUUGGAAAUCUUUUAUCUAUUGUUUUACAGUAUUAAAAACACAAAUGUUUUAAGCGUGGGACCAGCGCUUGUGUAUAUUACUGCUACGGAGACUCCAGGCAUUUUAAUAUACUCGAUCCUUUUUAGAAACAUUUUGAUAUUUUCUAGAAAGGCUCAAGAAUCGUCGCUUGAGAUUAUACAGGAUGUGCAUUAAAUGUUGGAACAUGAUGGGGGUAGGGGUUGUAUUUUAACAUAUGCUGGCAUGUAAAUUAAAAUGUAAACUUUGAAACAACCUGUUCUUAGCUACAAAGAAUGAGUUUUUAAAUUCAGUUUUGAGGCAUCUUUAUAAACAGGUGUCUACUGGUCCUAUGUAAGUUUUAAAUUUGUUCGUCAUGCAAUCAUCUAAUGUUUGUGGUACAUAUUGUUUCCUUUACAUCUGUUGUGUAUUAAAAAUGUUUUCUAUCA